AUGGAGGGUUCUAAUAAAGGAUUUUCAUCAUCAAACACUCCCAGAUCUCCUCUGGUUCCAAAAUCGUCACCUUCAGGUUCAGGAGAAAACAAUGAGAAUGAUACAAGUCAAGACCAAAUGAAUUCCAAGUUGCAUAACCCCAAGAAACUAGUAGCAAAACAUUUCAUGUCACCCACUAAAUCUGCAUCUUCAAAGAUCGCAUUUCCAAAAAAGAAAAUUCUGGCCGAGAGGAUUGAAAACUCGAGCUUUUCGGAUACCCAAAUUCAGAAAACUCCAGAUCUGGAAAUGAAAAAUAGCCCCUUAAAUUCGAGUAUUGGUCACUCCGGUCAAUCCUCAUCUUGGUUUAUUCCAUCUAAAAAUUGUGCCCAUGUGUCAAAUGAUAAUGGCGUUGUUGUUGAUUCAUCUUUGAAGCCUUAUGACCCUUACACAAAUUACCUCUCCCCGAGGCCUAAGUAUCUGCGGUAUGAUCCAAACAAACGGCGUAUGAUCUUUCACCGAAAACUAAGUGAGAGCAGAGAGGGAAAAGAUGGUAAAGAAAUCCAUAAAGGUGUUGGGGAAGAGGAAUCUUCAGCAGAUUCUCUAGAUUCCUCAGUUAGUGCUCAAGAAAAAGAAGAAAACACAGAGGAAGUAGAUGAUAAUAUCGAUGAUGAUGGUCUGGUGGAGGAGGAGGAGGAGGAAGAGGAAGAAGAAAUUGAAGAGUUUGAGGAAAAAGGAUGGAGUUUGAGAGGAGUAUUAAAAUUUCUGCUGAUAUUGUUUGUCUGUUUUUUGUCAAAGACAUACGUAAGUUCUAUGAACUCUUCAGCACCAUCACCAAUUCAACUAUCCAUUUUGGGUUUCAAAGCUGACCAUCUUAUGAUUCAGAAGCAAAUAUGUAAAGCUGUAUAUUUGGAAGUGUAUGGAGGUGGUUUCUUGGAAGUGGAAGAGAAAGAUAGUGGACUUGAGGUCCAUAAUAUACUAAUGGUCAAAGAUGAUGAUUUGGGCAUGGAGGAUAACAAUACCGAGCCUGUUGAAUUUGAGAGUGAUUAUGAAGUGGGUAAGAAUAGUGAGCUUGAUAAUGUGAAAAUGGUUGAAGUCUAUAAUGUGGAAAAGGUCAAGAGUAGAGAGGCAGAAUUGGUUGAAGUCGAUAGUGUGGAAAGAGUUGAGAGCAGUGAGGCUGAAAUGGUUGAAAAUGAUACAUUGUACAUGGAGGUUAGUAGAAAGGAGUCUGUUAAACAUGACUCUGAUAGUGAAGUAGUUAAGACUUGUGAAGUUUCCAAAGAGGUGCCACUCGCAGUAGUUGCUGAAAGCAAGGAUAUAGAAGGUGGUGAAGUAGAGUAUAUAGCAGAGGCAAAAACUGCUCCAAGUGAUGAUGCUGGUGGCUAUGAAUUGGUGAAAGAAGUUGAGGGUUCUGACCAGUUGAAGAAGCCUAACACAUUCCAGGAAGACCAGACACCACAGAAUACUGAAGGAGCGAAGCAGCCUAGUAUGGAACUUAUAGAACCACAAGAGCUGCCUGUCAACUUGGUCAAUGAAGUUGAUGAAGAAUUUGAUAAUGAUGGUGAAAAUAUGAAAGUUGUAUCUAAUAUCCUAGUUGUUGCUGGAGUUUCUACUUUCUCCAUAAUAUUGGCAUCUCUAGCUUUUGUCUGUCGUUCAAGGAAAGGUAAAACUACUUCUGUAGAAGAUUCUCUUCCUAUGCUAAAUCCAUUUACAUCUAUAGUAGAGGAAAAAGUAGCACGAGUACAUCCUGCACUGGAAGAAGAGUGCAUUGAGAAGACAACGACCCCAGAAUUUCCAGCUGAGGAAGAGCACAUUAGAAAGGAAAUUGUAUCUUCUAUUAGGCCUCUAUCCUUGUCUAGUUCAAUAGCAGAAGCAACUAAAGAAGUUGGCAGUUACACCCAUGCGCCAACCAUUGAGUUGCUAGGAGAAUUUGUGAUUAAGGAAGUAGGCAGCUCCCACAGGAAAAUCCCGGCGAUUGAACACGAAGAGAGCAAUGCUUCUCAAAAGAGGUUGAAAUCUCGUCCAGUUUCUGUUCCAUCUCAGCCGUUCUCACACGUUUCUACUAAAGAUUCGCUGUCAUAUGGAAGCUUUACUGACGAUAGGAAGAGUUUAAAGAAAGAGGGAGGCAAAGAUGGAGAAUUCAAGAUAGAAUUAACUACUCCAGUUAGGCGGUCGAGUCGACUUCGCAACCGCUCAGUUGUGUCUCCGUGA